UUGCAGUCAAAUUACCAUUUCAGGCAAUGCCCAAAUGUUUCAAAAAUGUCACACAUGUGGAUUGAACUGAACCAUCACCCACACAGACAUCGAAUGAGAUAUGGUCCAAGCAAUACCCCAGUCAAAGAGUCCAAAUCAAGGAGACCUCACUUUAAGUGGUAUACAUCUCACAGAUGCAUAGGAAAAAUAAGAUUUUCUAAAGUAUUUUGUCUGUUCCAAACCCUGUAUGUGCACUAAUGUAAUAGAUGAAGGGCAGUUUCAAUCUGCUUACGUAUUGUUAAAACCAACGUCAAUUUAACGGAUGCUUGAGGUAUGUCUUUCACAUAUCCUUUGUGACCUGACAGAAAACAAUUUGUAACUCAAUAAAGUCAUGUAUCAAUUACACUAAUCCCUGAAGGCCUAACACAGUGCCACUGUUUGAGAUCCAGCGAAUCCCAGAUAUUUGUAUUUCAUUUCAUUUCCAAUGGGAGACUGAAACUCAUUGGACAUGAAUGUUCAUUGAAGGUACUUGUUAAACAAAAUAUAUCGAUACGCCUGCGGAGGUAAUGACCUCACGUCCUGAUGCGGUGCACUCACGGGUUGUUGCAGAAGUUCCACUCUUUGGUAAACAUCGACCUUACACGCAAGUGCCUUGAACCCAUCAUGAAAAUUCUUGGAUUCCUCCUCGCGACCCAACUGAUAAGCACCGUCCUACCGCUUUUAUCGGAAAACAAAGUGGUGAAAAAAGGGGGAAUCGCUGAUGUAAUGUGUUCAUUGAACGCAGAUGAGGGGGUAUAUUGGUUCCAACAGCCCCAGGGUUCCAAGCCGAAGUUCUUGCUGUAUGUAACAGGCGCGGGAAAAGUGAAAGCUCUGACCGAAUCCGACAAAUACAAUGCAGCGAAGUCAUCCACCAAAGUGUCCCUGACGGUCAAGAAUUUUCAGAAAGAAGACGCGGGGAAGUAUUACUGUUUCAUGGUCAAGAACAUGGCCAUGCGUUUUGGGGAUGGCAUUGAGCUGUAUUUUGAAGAGGUUAAAACUACACCAAAACCAACCACCGUGCCCUCCACGACGCAAGCAAAACCGACUACGCAGGACAGCAAAGGGUCUACUCAAUGUCAUUCAACUCAAAGAGGUACUCGUCAAGGGAACACCGAAGUUCCAAUGAGCUGCCACCUUAUUAUCUGGGCUCCUCUGACUGGCGCCGCCGUCCUGCUGCUCCUCGCACUGACCUGUGUCUCCAUUGCUUAUUGCAGAAGGCCACGCCGGAGACGCUGUCAGCAUCAGUUCAGAAAGAGACCAAUUGCUGAAGAAGAUAGAAGACCACAAAACAGAUACCUUUAACAAGUUCUUUCCGGAAAAUGUGUGUGAUCCAUCCGUGGAUUAUCAAACCUUCUGAGAGAUAAAUGAUGCUGCACAGGAGUGACUACGUACUUUAGCGUGCCUUUUUAUUUUGCACAACACCCAUUCAAAUUGCCCCUUUCAUUGUUUAGAACAUUGCUGUAGCUGACAGAAACUAAUACGUGACACGUCCUGCGUUUGGGAAGAUAUUAAAAAGUGGCGACUGAUCUAAAUGUAAACUUGUCCUUUUUUCAAUAUCUGUGUUCUGCAACACUUCAACCCACAAGGAUGAAGCUACAGUUUCACCUGGUAUCUUUUUGAUACUUUUCCCAAACGCCCGGUUGAAAUUGGAGGAUGAAAGCUGGGCUCUCUAUCGGUGUCCUGGUGAUCCAGUCUUGCCAAAGCCACCAGUUUCAUCCCCAUGAGCAGAGUAGCUGAGUGGGGAGUUGGGGGUGGGGUUCAGCUGUGCAAAGGAGGACUUAAACUUAGAUUAGAUUAGAUUAGAUUAGAUUACAUUAGAUUAGAUUACUUACAGUGUGGAAACAGGCCCUU